AUGACUGAGCACAUUCCGCGCGACAACGACGACCAUCACCUACUCUGGUCGCUCGUAAUCCCCUAUCUCUCAUGCCCGGUUCCUCUCCCCCUAUCCGAGCCCCCUCGAUCAGCUCUCCGGCAACCACACCUAGCCUGCCUUUCCAGGGUUUCCAAGACCUUCUUUGAACUCUGCACCCCUCUGCUUUGGACCACCAUUGUCACCGACAACCUUCCCAAUCUCAUCACCAAGAUCGACUACUAUGCCCUCGACUCCCCCAGUCGGUACACCAAACGUAUCCUUGUGGAAUACAUGGAGAAGGGCGGCGAGGGGACCUACAAGCAGCUUCUCAAAGACGGCCAGUUCUGGAAUAGGUGCGGGAUGACGCGGGAAGAGAAGGCGCAGUGGUCAAUCGGGGACUGCUAUCUUGAGGCGGGAAAUAUGAAGGGGGGAAUGGAGGACCUCCUCUGGAUGGGGCUGGACCGGACGUUCCCCAACCUCCAAUCUAUCGCUAUUUCAUCAAUAUACGGACAUCGGGAUACGCUCUGGUCGGCCUACAAGGAUACCGCAGCAGCAAAUGACAAGUGUGUCAAGGCGGAGCAGGCCAUGAAGGCCUUUCAUGAUGUCUUGUUGGCCGGCAGCAAGAUUGACGUAUCUAUCCCCCUCCCAGCCGGCGUCCCCGUUCAAUGGCGAUCGGACUAUGCCGACCUCAUCAGCCUCCCCCAAGUCAUCAACGUCGUCUCGGUCGCCAUCAACCAGCACAUUAACGCGCGUGAUAGCUGGUCGGAUCGGGGCAAAUGGCGACCGGUCGACCUCGAGGUCUUUGCCAGCACCGCCCGCUGCGAGGUCGAAGUCAUCACUCCGGAUGCCAGCAAGAUACUCCGCUCGCUCAAUCUGGGCAAGCUCAAGCGUGCGGACGAUCCGAGCUACUUCAUCUUGACGCCGGCUCAGCAGAAGAGUCUGGUCGAGAUGAACGCCGGGCGUAUGCUGGAUGCUAUGAAAGAAUCUAGCAGGGUCAGAGGGGAGUCGAUCAAGUGGAAUCUCCAGUCUGACGCGCCUGCUUGUCGGGCGUGUGGGGUAUGA